AUGUUAAAUCCUAUCUCUGACAAUUGGAUUGAAGAUGGCAACCAGCCAGAAAAUGAUACUUUUAAUGAUGUGAAAACAAUUGUCAAGGCGAAAAUUAAGGCAGGCGGUCGUCCACUCAGUUAUUAUCCCGUGCAUCCGUCUCGUGUUAAACGAUCUCUACUUCAUUGGCAUAGUAUGGAAGUGACAAGCCUUUGUUUCACUUCAUGCGGUGCACAUCUUCUCUCUGGUGGUCUCGAAGGUGUACUGCUCAAAUGGGAUAUGACUGAAUGUUUUGGUGGUCCAAAAAAGUGUCGAUUUUUACCUCAUCUUGGUUCGCCUAUUUCAUCUAUUUCAAGCUAUGGUGGUUUCUGUGAAGAUACAAUUAGCGUCACGUUAGAGAAUAACUCAUUCCACAUAUUGAAUAGCGCCUUCACGUUGGUCUAUCAUAAACAAGGCUUUAUGCAAUUGCCUAGACGUUGGGUUCAAAUGCCUGAAUUUUUAAUGCCUAAAAACUUAUUCAUUUUGGAGAAUCACUUUAUGCGUUCAACUGGUGCCGGCGUUGCUUUUGGAGCUCAGACAACUGUGUCGUCGAUUCCCACUUUGGUUUUGGCGAAUGGUGGCAGCGGCAAAUUACAACUGAUCGAUAUUAAUGAUGAUCAGAGAAAUGCUCAAAAAAUAGAUAUAACCAAUCAGAAUCACGUGGUCAGACUGAACACCUCCAAACUACCAGUCAUGUAUUCUGAGGUUUUGCUCACUGCUCAGUUAGCUAGUGAAGCUGAAUUCACCUGGCUUGUUACCUAUGAAUGUCUAAAGACGUCGUCUGACAAAUCGGGUCUCGAUAACCAGUCUCGUCUUACCUGGUGGCAGUGCCGGAAAGUCGAUGAUGAUAUUGAAAAAGAUGGUAUGAAGGAUGAUGCGAAUGUUAAGGCACGAGAAUUUGCAAAAUUCACACCAAUCGACACUUAUUCAAUGGCUCAUUUUGGUUGUCCUGCUGUAGGCAUGGGUUUUGUACCAAAUGAAAGGAAAGAGUUAUAUGUCUUGCUGGCAGAUUAUCGUCUUAUGAUAUGGUAUUUCAAUGAAGAAUCAAAGAAACAUCCCCUUUAUUCACCAUGGAUUCCGUCAUCGUGUCAUUUAUUAACAUGUGCUAAUCCAUUUGAGUCGACGAUGCGACCUAUCUCAACAAUUAUCACUUUUAAUGUGAAUGAUAAUCAGACAGUUGAACCGUUGAACUGCUUACUGAUUUGUUCUGGUGCCAGUUUAACUCUUUUCAAUUGGGAACAACUUGUUAUGCAAAGUCAUCCAAACCAUACUGCCAAUCUUCAAUUGAAAAGUAAUCUAUUAGAAUUGUGGCCAGAUUGUAAAAAGAGUUUUAUUGACAAUUGUACUGUUGUUGUUACCGCUCCACCUCCAUCGGAUUGUCCUACUGAUACUCGGUGCAUCGUUGUUACAGUUCGUAGUCAAGGCAGUAGAUCAGCAGAAGGCCGUAGACUACUGUAUUCAACCCUCUGUCUCAUCAAGUGUACACCUAUGAGUUUAGAAGUUGCAUCAAUCAUUCCUAAUGUGCAUGCAACAUGCAUGACUUCUCAUCCGAAUAAAUCUUGCAUAGCUAUAGGUUUAGAAGAUGGAACAGUCGCUGUAUAUAAACUCCAAUUGGAUUCAGAUGUCAAAUUACAGUUAACUCACAAUCUACCCAGCCUGGCCGCUCAACCAUUCUGUGAUCGUAAGCAUAAAGGUGGAGUGAAGAAUAGGGAGAAGAACAAGAAGAAAUCAAGUGGAACUCAGAUCAUCUCGCUGGAUUUUAUUCCGUCUAAAGGCCAUAAUGAUGUCGAUAAUGAUGAUGCGAAGGAUGGUCAACUUGACAAGGAAGGCAUUCAACUAGUUGGUAUUAUGAGAACUACAGUCGGACGAGAAACUGGACGUCGUGAUCUAGUGUAUUAUGGUAUACGAAGAGGGCAGAAAUGCUCAAGUGAAACUGAACCACCUCCGCAUCCCAGCAAGCAUUCAAAACAAGGCCUACUACAACUAGUCGACGUUGCAUCUCCAGUUCAAUUCAAUGGUCGAUCAAGACCAGCUAAGCGAAAAUGUGAUGCAGAUCAUCAGUUGGAGAAUACACUCAAACAGAUUAGUCAAUAUCCAAUAUAUACAGCACCACCACCGGAUCAGUUGUUACAUCAAUUGAUGAAGAAACAUUGA